AUUCAGGAUAUAAAGAAGAGGAAGAAGAAGAAGUAGAAGAAGAAGAAGAAGAAGAAGAAGAAGAAGAAAUAGAAGAAGUAGAAGAAGAAGAAGAAAUAGAAGAAGUAGAAGAAGAAGAAGAAAUAGAAGUAGAAGAAGAAGAAGAAGAAGAAGAAGAAGAAGAAGAAGAAAGGAACUAAUCAAUCAUUCGUUGAAUAAACAAACUUCAUCCAUUCUAUGAUCUUUGAUAUUGAAUAGAAUUCAUUGAAUAUUAGUGAUUAUAUAUUUUAUUAUGUAAUGGAUAUAACUAAUUCAUGUAUUACAAUUAGUCCAUAUCAAAGUACAUCUCAUUCAGUAUGUUUAAAUAAUGUUCAAUUAUCUACAAAACGUAAAUAUCCAUCUAUCAAGAAUACAUCAAUUAUUCGUCAUAAAAAUAAACAAUAUUUAAGUCCAAAAUUAACUAAAUCCAAUUCUAUUCUACGAUCAUUUCAACAUCAUCAUCAUCAUCGUCAAGAUCAAGAUCAAGAUCAUGAUCAUUAUGAUUCAUAUGAUCAAUAUGUGCCGAAUGCUCCAAGACCAUCAUUAAAAUUGAAUGAAGAUAAUAUACUUUUUGUAAAGAAACAGAAUUUAUCUAAAAUACAACGUCAUUUACAUGAAGAAUCAAUUCAUCAUCAAUCACCAUCCUCAUCAUCAUCAUCAUCAUCAUCAUCAUCAUCGUCAUCCUCAUCAUGCUCAUCAUCAUCAUCAUCAGUUCAUGAUAAUAAUCCAUAUCAAAUGAAUCAUGAACAAAUUAUACCAAAAGAAAUUCAUAUCACAACAUCAACACCAUUUAUUAAAUCAUCUAAAGGAUCAUAUUCUCAUAAAGGAUCCAUCAUCAAUUCAGCAUUAAUUGGUGCACCUAGAUUAGCUCUUAAUGUUUCAUUACAAAAUAAUAAUAAUACUACUACUACUAAUAAUAAUAAUAGUAAUAUAGAAGAUUUAGAUUUACCAAAUAUAUCAAAUACAAGUCUCUCCUAUGAUCAAAGAAAUAGUAACCAUAGUGAUAAUGAUGAUGAUCAUGAUCCUGAUGAUAAUCAUGAAAACGAUCAAAAUCAAUUAUCCAAUCUAAUCAAUAAUCAAUAUUUAAUCAAUAAUAAAGCUUGUCAUACAUCUAAUGUUAUAUCAGAUCAUAUAAAUGAUCCAAAUUUCAUGACAUUUCGUUGUCGAAUUUGUUUAGAUGAAAGUCAAAAUAAUAAUAAUCAUGAAGAAGAAGGAUUAUUGUCACCAUGUCGUUGUAAAGGUACCAUUGGUUUAGUUCAUAAAAAAUGUCUACAAAAAUGGUUAUUAACCUCGGGUAAACUACAAUGUGAAUUAUGUGGUUAUGUGUAUUUAAUGAAACCAUCGAAAAAGUAUUCAUCGUUUCAUUCUAUUAGAUGGAAUCAAUUUAGACAAUAUAAUGAUGAAUUAAGACAGUUUUGUCAUUGGUUACAAUGGCAUAGAAUAAGAAAACAUUUAAUUGUUGAUAUUAUAUGUAUGAUAUUACUGAUACCAACUACUUAUAUUGGUGUUUAUUUUUGUGCGAUUAGCGCUUUCAGUUAUGCUGAAUUCAAUCCAUUCACAUGGCAAGUGAUUAGUUUAUGGGGAUUAGCUGUACUUUUAAUUUUACUUCUUACAAUAUGGAUUAUAUUAGCUAUUAAACAUCAUUUAAAUCAUUAUCGUCAUUAUCAACAUGAACAACAACAACAACAACAACAACUCACAUUGACAGAAACCAAUCAUCCAUUGAAUCGAUUACCUAGAUAUCGAUUUUCAAUACAACCUAGACCACGUGGAUCCUCUGUAGUAUUAUAUACUACGAUGAUUCAUAAAGAUCAAGAAUUAUCGACGAGAUCGAACAAACAUGAAACAGAAAUAUCAAUGAAUUCCAAUGUAGAAAAUAUAGAAAUGAAUUCAUCAUUUAAUCAACAGGAUGAAUUACCAAGUUCAAAUAAGUAUUCAUUGAAUGGGAAUCAAAAGAUUGUUGUUUCAGUGGAAUUAACUACUGUACCUGAAGUCAUGGAAGAAUUAUCUACAUCCAAUAAUAAAGUAUCUAUUUAAGAAGAUGGAAACAAACAAAAAAUCAUGUUUCAUUGUUCAAUAAUAUCGAUUUGUUUGUUUGUUUGUUUUUUUCAUUUUCAAAUAUAAACAUUGUCAGUAAUGAUACCUACAGCUGGAAUGUUUUCCUUCUUGAAUAUCUUUGGAGAAAGCGAGAUUCUAAGGUAAACAGACAGUCGAUAAACUUAUUAAGUUAAAUUAGGAUCGGUGAUGAUUAGCGAUGGUGGAAUUCAAGAUACAUAUCAAAUGGAUAUACAUGUAUUUUAGAGUUGAUAUUUAUUACCGGACUCGAACUCAGUAUCGUUUGUAUUAAACGUCAUUAUAUCAUGUACUUAGUGAGUCGAAAAACUCGUUUGUGUAAUGGGAUGUAUAUAUUGCCAAAAUUAGAUUCAUCAAUUGCAGUCUUAAAGAUCAAUGGGAAGAUUCAAGCAUUGCAUGUACCUAAAUUAAUGGUUGCUCUGGUUGUUAGAAAAGGGUAUAAGCCUCGUGAUCUUCGAAGGAAUUCGGCUUUCACCAUGAAGCGCCAUAACUUUUCCAAGUGAAGAACUUCUAACUAAAUGGUUUGAAUUAUUUUUUUCUGGUUAGCAUUUUUUUCAGUUAGUUUUCUACGGGAUGAGGUCGCUGACCCCAUGCCCAACCCUCCUCCUUUAUCCGGGCUUGGGACGGGCAGUAGCCCAUGAAGGGCUCCAGGUGGAGUUAUACGUAAAUAUAGAUUUUAAUAACG